AUGGCUUCUGAAGAUUGGACUACUGUAUAUUCAGCACUGGAUGUGGAUGAGAAAGUAUCAGCUUAUAACUCCAUUAUAAUCAAGAUGCUUGACGAGUUCUUACCUGAAAAAAACAUCAGAGUACAUCACUCUGAUAAACCGUGGAUCACCGGUAAUAUUAAAAUGCAAAUCAAAGCUCGUCAGAAGGCCUUUUCUCGUGGUGAUCAGCCAAGAUACAAACAACUAUGCGAGAAAGUGGCAAAUCUUAUAUCUAAAGCUAAAGCCACCUACUAUCGGUCCAAGGCCUCAGAAUUUCGUACCUCGAAUCAAUCGAAGUGGUAUAACUGUAUCUACUCUUUAGUAAAUGCCGAAAACACAACCCACACCCAAUUUCCACACAGGCCCGAACACCUAGACUUAUCCGACUUAGCUGAAAAACUUCAGAAAGCCUUCACUAAACCAUGGUCGGACCGUUACACGAAUGUCGCCUUUGAAAUACCUGAAGUGAACCACCCACAUAAGAAUAACAAACCACCCCUUCCUUCUAUUGGCCAAGUUAAAGCGGUCUUAAAACAUCUUAAUCCAAGAAAAGCAACUGGCAUCGAUAAGGUUCCUGCAUGGAUGCUCAAACAAUACCACGAAGACCUAGCUCCUGUGGUUUAUGACAUUGUGUGCUGUAGUAUAAAUCAAUGUUGUUAUCCAUCACUCUACAAACAUGCCCUAAUUUCCCCUGUUCCUAAAGUGCAACCGCCGAGAGACAUUAACAAUGAUUUCCGCCAGAUAUCAGUCUUACCCCAUCUUGCCAAGAUCCUGGAAAAGAUCCAGCUCCAGUUAAAUAUUGAAGAUCUGAAAAUUAAGAAUAACCAGCACGCGUUUACUCAACAUCGAAGCACAGUCUCUGCGUUAAUAUCAACUACCCAAACCUGGUUUAAUGCCACUGAUUGGUCAAAAACAGGCAAAAUGGGGGUUCAUGCGGCCUUCAUUGACUUUCGUAAGGCCUUCGACCUUGUGGAUCACAAUAUUCUUUUGAACAAAUUAGCAGCUAUGAACAUAAAUAAACCCUUCUGGUUAUGGAUUAAAAGUUUCCUUUCCGGAAGAGUUCAACAAGUAAAUCUCCAUGGUACCUUAUCAUCCAUUGCAACAUGCCCGGCCGGAGUCCCGCAAGGCUCUGUAAUAUCUCCCAUUCUUUUUAAUACCUACAUUGAUGAUUUGGAGGACGCCUUACCAGAACAACUAAAAGUCAGUACGAAUAAGUAUGCAGAUGACUGCACACAACGGGCCAAAUAGUGAGCGUAGAUUCUAAUAGUAAUUUACAACAAUCUAUCAAUGAAGUAAAUAACUGGGCGGUGUUAAAUAAAAUGGCAAUUAAUGCUAAAAAACUAAGGACAUGUGGAUCUCUUUCACGGACGCUAUACCUGAACCACCACGUCUUCGUAUUGGAAAUGAGUUAAUAGAAAGGGUCAACGCUUUUAAAUUACUUGGCGUGUCGUUCCAAAAUAAUCUAAAAUGGAACGCACAUGUUGAAGAGAUUACACGUAAAGCAAAUAAACGCCUUUACCAUCUUAGAGAAUGCAGGAAAUCGCCGUUACCAGCUGAAGUCGGUAUUAUUACCUAUCAAUCCAAAAUAAGACCAAUUCUCGAGUAUGCAUCACCUGUCUGGGCGGGACUCCCUAAUUACCUGCGAGAUGAAAUAGAGCGGGUUCAAUCCAGGAGCUUUUAA